UUGGAAUGAAAAUGGCGGCUAAUGAUGUAGUUGUGAAUCAUGAAAACGAAACGAGCGAUAUUAGGAGUAGCGAUGGUACCGUCAAAGUUAUUUGUUUAGGAGACAGUGCUGUAGGGAAGUCAAAAUUGGUGGAGAGAUUUCUGAUGGAUGGAUAUAAACCCCAGCAGCUCUCAACGUAUGCCCUUACACUCUUUCAGUACAAGACAAGGGUUGAUGGAAUUGAUGUUCGAGUUGAUUUCUGGGAUACAGCAGGCCAAGAGAGAUUCAGCAGUAUGCACCCAUCAUAUUAUCAUCAAGCACAUUCUUGUCUACUUGUAUUUGACAUUACAAGGAAAGUAACAUACAAAAAUCUUGCUAAAUGGUACAAAGAACUUAGAGAAUACAGAGAGAACAUUCCUUGUAUAGUUAUAGCAAACAAAAUUGAUGUUGACUACACUAUAACACAGAAAAGUUUCAAUUUUCCCAAAAAGCAUGGUCUUCCGUUCUAUUUUGUGUCUGCUUCCGAUGGAACAAAUGUGGUCAAGGCCUUUCGAGAAGCAAUAAAGCUGGCUGUGAAAUAUAAAGAAAACUCCACAGAUUUUAUGGAUGAGGUUCUACGCGAACUUGAGAACUUUGAUGACCUGAAUCUUAAUCAAGAUGGUUAUGAUUCAUCUGAUAAAAAGAGCAGUGAAGAUGAAGGGAAAACAUGAUAUCCACUGCUCUGAGGCUGGCGUCUGUGGUUCACGCACAGUGCUAUUUAUGUCAGUGGAAGAAUAUUUCAACACAGAGUAAUUUAUUCUCCCUAUUAGAGUUUUUAAUUAUUAGCUAUUAAUAUUUAAAAGAUUGACAUUGUAAUAAUGUAUCGACUGUUACAAUUAUCAAACAGUCACAGGUGAUGAUGCUACAUCAACUUCAUAAGUGUUCUCCGCUGGCUGAAGAGUAACAUAACAUGACUGCACAAAAACUGAAACAGUCUAAGAAUUAUUUUGAUUCCAUCCUCAUGUCCUGGCAGAAGGUUUCAUGGUUCAAUUUUGCCGAAUCUGAGCGCAGAGGAAAAAAAAAAAAAAUCAUGAUUAGUUUUAUUGUACAGUGUAUGUAACCAAGAAUUCAUUUGCUGUAAAUUGAUAUUCAUGUUCAGCGAUACUGUCACAUGUACUUACCUUCCAGAAAUUAUAUCUGAAGUGGUUUUCCUCGUAGUAUUGCCUUCCUAAGUUUUGAUCUUUCUCAUCACGCAAAAAUUCCUUUCAAUUAUCUUCGUGGUGUCAAUGAAUGAAUGAUUUAGCAGUGUUGCUGUCAGGAGAAAUUGGAUGCUGGUCACUGUCAAGGUUGAAAAGAUUGACCCAUCUCUUAAUUGACAAAACCACGCCCUGCAGGGCAAAAAAAAAAGCACCUCUUGAUCCGGAGUUAACCACAUUUCUGUCCUUUCGUCUAUCCUUUGACAAGUCUCUUUCACAGCCUCGUGUUUGGUCUUGUCGCGCAGUUGGUUAGAGAGAGAAAGCAUUGCGUAACUAGACUAAACCAGUGCGAAGGUUACCUUUGGCUUUGUGUGAUAUUGUUAUUUUUGGCCAGUCUGUGUAUUGUAAAUGUAAACAAAAGUAAAUUAGUUUAAAUUGUAAAUUUGUCUGAAAUGGGCAUGAAGAAAACCAUCUACUUUUCUUUAAAACACGAUGCUUGUGAGUAAAAGCGUAAUACAUACUUUACAACUUACCCCUGAAAUUAAUCGUAAAAAUGCAGCUAUCAUCGAAUUAGUUACAGAGAUGCUAGGUGUAUUGUGAUUAUAACUGCCAUUACAGGAUGAACUAGAAAGAUCAUGAGGGAGAGUUUUCUUCCCAACUCUUCGCGUUGGGAACUGUGGCUUUCUCGAGAUAUGUUUGUGUUUUCACAAAAUUUAUGAACAGUUUUUAUGUGAUGUCUAUUUUCUCUUUGUUUGUUGACGUUGUUAUAACUGAGUAUUCCAUUUUGUAUAAUUGGUCUGUGUUAAGGUAGAUUCAUGAUUGUUUUGUUAUUUCCUUUUGACGGGUUUUAAAGAGGGGCCUUAUCCUUUUAUAUUUUACUGUUCUGUUAUGAAUUGCUUUCUCUCCGAACUAUUUCUUUUUUUCGUAUUUAAAACGGUAGCGAGUACUUUUCUUUGCGCUUUGAGGUGUUAUAUGUCGUAUGGUAGCUUUCUUUCGACACGACAAUUACUUUGUACCACACUUUUCUUAGAGUCCACUCAAUGAAUUCAGCUACAUUGAUUCAAUGAAUCUCUCCCCGCGAUGUUUUUAUUAAGGGUCUUGAAAACCAUAACCAAGACACCGUAAUAUUACACGCGAGAAUUGAUACGGUUAGCUGAUUGUCAAGUGCGUGUAGUAUUUUAAACCGAGCUGUUUCAUGACAAAGUGACGGAGGUGUUCGCCCGAUACGUCGAAGCACGCGGACAACUAAAUAGGCGCUAGAACUAUUUUUCAGAAGUAGCUUUUAGUCAAGCAAUCGUGCUAACUAAUCUGAACGCUCUACUGUGGUUGAAUUUUCCCCUUCCUCAGAGUAUUUUAACAUCAGCAUACACUGAUGGAAAUUUUCUUUUCUUUGGAUUAUACCCAAAGUGGCAGUACUGGUUGUGACGAUUAAACCGAGAAAUGGUUUACGUGCUUAGAGAAUUGAAAUGAUUCCGCGUUUGCAAUUUCUUAAGACUACUUUUUCGCGCCAAAAGAAUUGCUGGAGAAAUCUCGCAGUGAAAGUGGUCGGUGUAGGAAACGAACCUGUUAGGUUAGGUGACCAUGCCAAUGAAACUGCACUCAGGUGCUUUGGGGCUUGGUCGGAUGUGUACAAAGACACUGAAAUUAAAAUCUGUUUGUAAUAUAUAAGUAUGUGAGAAAUUGUAUGUACAAUAACAUUACGAUGUAACAUUAAAUAAAGUCGGUUGUUUUCCGCAAUAAA